AUGCCGCUCGGCCUCCUCCUCCACCUCCUCCCGCUCGCCUCCUGUCACGGCCUCGCCGCGGCACACCGCCUCCGCGGUGGAGCAGCGCUCACGCUGCCGCCGCUCGUCGGAGCCUAUCAGUCCGCGCUCGCGGCGGCGCCCAUCACGACAAACGUGCUGUCGGCCGCCAGCCUCUCGGUGCUCGCCGACGGGAUGGCGCAGGCCGUCGAGCGGCGCGGCUCGUGGGACGUCUCUCGUGCGGCGUGGAUCUCCGCCUGGGGCGCGAGCGUGAGCGGCUUGAUGCUCUUCUUUUGGUUCCGGCUCCUCGCUCGCCUCUUCCCGCUCGCGGCGAGCUCGACGGCGCAGCUCGUGGGCAAGGUCGCGCUCAACCAGGCGGUGAUGUCGCCGGGCCUGAACGCCGGCUUCUUCGCCUUCGUCGUCCUCACCCGCGACAAGGCGCCUCCUCCAGCAGCCCUGACCUCCGCCACCUCUUGUCUCGUCACCACCCUCCUCGCCACCUAUGGUCUUCACCGCCCUUGUCUUCCGUACCUGAGGCUCGACGGAGAGAAGCGGCGGCGGCUCGGCCGCAAGCUGAAGAGCGACCUGCCCGCCACAGUGCGCCGCUCCUGCUACUUUUGGGGCGUGGCGCAGGCGAGAUGA